AUGAGGACACAGGCACGGCUCGUGCAGUCUCUGCCCUCUUUCCCCCAGACGGUGUGUGCUGGGGGUCACAUCGCCAAGACCCUGGGCUACCUGGAGCUGGGCACCUCCGGCCUCCUCAAGGAUGUCCCCUAUGGCACCCUGAAGCCCCCGGCGCUCGACCCCGGGCGGCUGAUCCCGGCAGAGCCCCCCCGGGGCGCGGGGACGCCCGCGGGCGCCGGACGGAGCCCCUGGGACUGGCAGAAGAACCAGACGGCCGGGGAGCCGCCGAGCCCCCGCGCCCACCGCAAGCCCACCCUCAAGUCCAGCCGCACCAAGAAGAUUUUCGGCUGGGGAGACUUCUACUUCAACAUCAAGACGCUCAAGUUCAGCCUCCUGGUGACGGGCAAGAUCGUCGACCACAUCAACGGCACCUUCAGCGUCUACUUCCGACACAACUCCUCCAGCCUGGGCAACGUCUCCGUCAGCAUCGUGCCCCCCUCCAAGGCGGUGGGCUUCGAGGUGCUGGUGCCCGGCCCCCCCCAGCUCCCGCACCCGCCGCCGCCCCCCCAGCAGAGCACCCUGCCCGAGGGGCGCCCGGCCAAGGCGCUCAACUGCCACGUGGAGUACGAGAAGACGAACCGGGCGCGCAAGAACAAGCCGUGCCUGUACGACCCGUCCAAGGUUUGCUUCACGGAGCACACGCAGAGCCACGCGGCCUGGCUCUGCGCCAAGCCCUUCAAGGUCAUCUGCAUCUUCAUCUCCUUCCUCAGCAUCGACUACAAGCUGGUCCAGAAGGUCUGUCCCGACUACAACUUCCAGCACGACAACCCCUACUUCGGCUGACGGCAGCGCGGCGGGGGCGGGGGGUGGGGUUGCUGUGCCCCCUUCACGGCUGCCCGGUGCCCCCCGUGACCCCCACACUGACCCCUCCUUGUCAUCGGAGCAUCCCCGUGCCGUGUUAUGGGACGGCUGGUGCUGGGGGUCCCGGCCUCCCCCCCACUGA